AUGUAAUACAUGUAUAUUCAGUUUUUGAAAAUUAAAUUUGUCGCUCUCAUUUUAAUGUGCGUUUUACCCGUAUAGAAUUAAUUAGGAGAUAGUCUUUCUGUAUAAGAUUGUUGUUUCUGUUGUUUUUAGACUUCAAUAUAGAAUAGGAUGUCUGAUUUUGAAGAACAAGUGUUGAUUAGUCCAAGUUCUGUUACCUCGGAUUUUACUUUUGUGCCACAAGAAGAAGGGAAGUAUGAUACCCCAGCAAGCCUUAAGUACACCAGCAUGUCAGCAUCUACAGGUGAAGUAACAGUAGAUAUGAUGGACCAAUCUUUCUCAGGAAACAUUGCUCAACCCAAUAAUACAACACCGGGUGGUGCUAAUGGAACUUUUGGAACCAUGCUUAGAAAACGAGGUUAUGCUUGGCUUCUUGAAUCUGAUGAAAUAGAUGAUGAAGAUGGAAUGAAUGAGAAACCAAUAUUGGAGGAACUUGACAUUGAUUUGAAGGAUAUUUAUUACAAAAUAAGAUGUGUUCUACUACCAAUACCUUCCCUUGGCUAUAAUCGUCAAAUUGUGCGAGACAACCCUGACUUUUGGGGACCACUUGUCGUUGUGCUGUUGUUCUCAAUGGUGUCUUUGUACGGACAAUUUCGGGUUGUUUCAUGGAUUUUAACAAUGUGGGUUUUUGGAUCUUUGAUUAUUUUCCUGCUUGCCCGUGUGUUAGGAGGAGAAGUUGGUUAUUCACAAUGUCUUGGUGUAAUUGGGUAUUCACUCAUUCCACUGAUUAUUACAGCUGCUGUCUUAGUUCUUAUAAGAAAUACUGAACCUUUUGCGUUCAUAGUACGGACUCUUGGAAUAUUUUGGGCCGCUUAUAGCGCAGGUUCUCUUCUUGUGGAUGACGCAUACAAACAAAAGAAACCACUUCUAAUUUAUCCAAUAUUUCUGCUCUACAUUUAUUUUUUCUCUUUAUACUCUGGAGUGUGAAAUUUCAUCUCUCGUUUUACCCGUUUUAUUUAUUUUCUCACGGUGGAUUUUAGUAUUCUUUCUAUAUCUACAUGUUUUUUGCUUGUUAAAGUACCUACGGCAGCGAAGCACUAGUUAGAACAGAUUCUCAUUACACUUGACUGUUUUAUUAUAAUUACAUUACCCAACCGCUGUUUUGGCUUUUAGUAGCGCCUAUUAAGUAGUUUCUAUAUAUAUAUAUAUAUAUAGGAACCUAUUUAUACGUUGUUUUGCAGUUCAUGCUAAUACACUUGUUCUCAUACCCAA